AUGUCUUCCUCCGACUUACUUCUUGUUACGGCCGGCCCGUACCGUUUCCUGGCGCGGUUCGAGUCCGACGCCGCACCCAAGACCAUCGCCAUGUUCCGGACACUGCUGCCGUAUCGCCAGAAGCUGAUCCAUGUCCGGUGGAGCGGCGAGAGCUUGUGGGUGCCGCUGGGCGACCAGGAUCUCGGCAUAGAUUACGAAAACCAGACCAGCCACCCCGCGCCGGGCCACAUUCUCGUGUACCCGGGCGGCUACUCGGAGACGGAGCUUCUGUUUCCCUAUGGCGGUGUGCAGUUUGCGAGCAAGAUGGGCCAGUUGGCGGGCAACCACUUUUUGACAAUCGUGGCUGGACACGAACACCUGCGCCCGCUGGGUGAGCAUGUGCUCUGGAAAGGCGCGCAGGACGUGUCCUUUGAGGUGGCCGACGAGGCAACGUGA